UGUUUUAACUUUAGGUUGGCUAAAGUGAGAAACGAUUUAAAAGGUCGGGAUUUAUUUUGCUUUGCUUUGCCUUGAAAUGCCUUUAUAUGGAUUAUUCAUGAUAAGAGAAAAAGAAGGAAGCUGUGGUUGGAACCGUUUUAUUUUAACACUCACUCUCGCUCUCGUACACACACACACUCUCUCUCUCUCUCACACUCUCACACACACUCACUCACACACAGGCGUCCAUUUUGAGUUGGUCGACAUGUUUUAGGAAUAUGGAAAAUUCUUGGGUCUUGGAUUAGUUUGUGUCGACUUCCUUCCAACGUGGAAUAACUCAGAGUUGGGAAUCGGGAGGCUGAGACCAGCCCCCUUGGAACCUCUGCAGAUCCGGAUUAGGUCGGAAAUGUUUAUUUUGUUGGCUUUGGGCGCCAUUACUUCAGUGCCGAUUAAAGUUCCUCAGGUCAGUUCCUUGCUGAGGUUGGCAGGACAAAGACCAGCAGUGCUACCUCAGGUUAGGCCAAAGACUCUGAUCCCAGACAGCCUCCCAAUUUCUCCAUGCAGAGAUCAACCUUCCAAGCAACCUCCAACGUUUCAGAAGGCAACAGUGGUCAGCAUCAAGAACCCAACUCCUGCCCUCCCCACUGCCAAUAAUACUGUUAGCCAUGUACAGACGUCCAGCAACCAAUCACAAAGUGUCACAGAGACGGCAGCCAUCUCCUCAUCCCUGAAUAGUGCUGGGGUAGCAUAUGCCAUUAUCUCAACAUCUCCCAAUAAUGCAAUGCCCAUCAACACCAGCGCUGCUGUCUCGGUGGUUAAUGACAGCAUUAAAGUGCAACCACUUCUCAUCAGUGCUGACAGCAAGGUCAUCAUCAUUCAACCUAAAGUUCAAACUCAGACAGAAAAUAAAGUGGAGAUAAAGAAACCUGCUGAAGAGUCAACUCAGGGACCUGCUACCAAAAAGAAAAAAGAUGAAAAUCCAGAGAAAAUUGCCUUUAUGGUAGCGUUAGGCCUGGUUACGACUGAAUACUUGGAAGAAAUCCAGAGCAAACGUCAGGAAAGAAAAAGAAGAAGUACCGCCAAUCCAGCUUACAGUGGACUCUUGGAAACUGAGCGGAAACGCCUUGCAUCAAAUUAUUUGAACAAUCCUUUUUUCCUCUCCACAAGAGCCAAUGAGGAUCCAUGUUGGAAGAAUGAGGUCAGCCAUGAGGAAUACUGUUCAGCAUGCAAGCAUGGUGCCAACUUACAACCUUGUGGAACAUGCUCCAGGGCCUAUCACCUCAGCUGCUUGGAUCCUCCCUUGAAGACUGUUCCGAAAGGAGUAUGGGUCUGUCCCAAGUGCCAAGAAAAGGUGUUAAAGAAAGAUGACAAUAUCCCCUGGUCCGGAACUCUGGCUGUGGUGCAAUCGUACGUUACUCAUAAAACAGUCAAAGAAGAAGAGAAGAGGAGGCUAUUAAAGAGGAGCAAUGAAUUAAGAGGAGAACACAGACAGCUGGAGGAAAAAGAAUGCUUUCUUAAUAAUGCAAUGAAGAAAUGCCUAGAGCUCAAAAACAGCCUGUUGGCCCAGCAGAAAGGGGUUCAAUCAUCGCUGGAACACCUCAAAACUCUCAUUAGACUGAUACAGAAUGAGCAGAUGCUUCAGGUUACCAUGACAACAACAACCACCUCCUCCUCCCUGCUGACUGUCCCCUGGACCAAACCAUCAUCUGCCUCGGCUGCCGCUGCUCCCCAACCCUUGCAGUCGACACAGGGCAACAACUGACAGGGGCUCCCCUCGCCCUUCCCCCCCCCCCGGAUUGGUGGGUUUCCCCCCACACAGACACACUUUUUUCUUCAGAAGAGAACCAAUCCAGCCAACAAGAACGCUUUAAGAUCAUGCAGGCGUAAGGAGAGAAAAGAUGCAUCCAGAAAAAUAAAAAACCUGGGAUAACAAGAAAAUGACAUUGGUCUUCUUCCAUGUCCUAAAAGUUGUGCUGGGGGAAAAAAAUAGUAAUAAUUAUCCCACCAUUGUGUCCCCCCCCCCCCUUU